AUGGAAAGGUCUGCGGGACACAUAUCUGAAGGAGAGGAGGAAGGAGUUGGACAGGAGGAGUGGUGGGUCAGCAGCAGGGGCGGUGCGUCCCAUCCAGGAGGUCCCUGGUCCUUCAACCCCUGCUGCUGCUGCACCAACACCCACUCCCAUAGGAAAAAGGAGGCGGCCACAACCCGGGCAGAGCCAACGGCGGUGGAGCAGGCCAUUUUAUUCGCCCUGAAAGAGCGCCCUGUCCCUCCACCAACGGCCACCCGGGAGUUUAGCCACAUAGAGUAUUACCUCCUAGUCUUGCUCCUUCCCUGGAGAGACUGUCCCUUCUAUGACCUAGAGAGGGGCCACACCUAA